ACGGUUGUAGCCCAGGAAGAAGUGAGGCAGGAGAGGGAUGGGAGUUUGUUGAAAGGGCAGUUGCCUCCCUCCAACCUGCGCAUGAUUUCUCCAUUCCAAUAGCCGAACCACCCUUUCAUUUACCUUCGUCGCAAACGCAUGCAGUAACUUCAACACUCCCUGUCUUGAAACUGAGGAAUGUUAUUGUUGUUAUUAUUAUUAUUAUUAUUAUUAUUAUUAUUAUUAGGAUGUUUUUACUUGGAGACUGUAAUUUGCUGGUGUUAAGAUCUGUUCUCUUCGUCCUGCUUAUGUUGUUAGGACUGUGAAUCUAGCGGCUGUGAUGAAAUGGUUUUCUGUGUUUUCUCUUCCUGGGCUGUCUAAUUUGAGGCGUUUGGAGAACCGAUCCGUAUCUUGGCGGGGUAACCCAGAAAUGGAACCGGUUGUUGCAGCCAUGGCGGUUUCGGCUCUCAUUUCCCUCUAAGAACACAGAUCUGAGCCUCUAAACAGGAAGUUUCUUUGAAAUUCCAUUCCUCAAAAAACAGAGUUUUAUAUAAUUUUUUUUAUGGAAUAGUAGUUUUACUCUUGCAACAUGUUUUUUUCUCUGAAAUAUGUAUUUUUUUUUCAAUUCCAAACAAUGUUUUUUUCCCUUCACAUUCUCUCCCAAAUAUUCCUGAAGUUCAUGCUGCAGUGCGGCCUCCAUGUUUACUGCAUAAUGUGCCAGACAAGUUGCUAUAUAUUUGUAUGCUCUUCAGAGAACAGUACUAAUAAUUUUUGUAAUACUUAUCUGAGAUUUAAAAGGGAUAAAUAUAUUUCAUUUUUUGACUUAAAGCUUAUACUCUUCGUAAAUCAGUAAACAUGCAUAGUUCGGACUUAAUUUUAUAUCGGGCUAUUUCAGAGGCAUCACUUUCUUUUCUACAUUACAUACACAUGGAAUCUCUGGAUCAUUUAACUCCAUGUUGCGGUAGUCUGUAGAAGCUUUGCUGUAAAGGUUGGUGGUGAUCUUGCAAUAUCGUCUUUCCUGUAUAUUCUUUUGCUCUUCUGAGAUGUCUUUAAUUCUGGUGGCCUAAGGGGCGAUGAUAUCAGCUAUUUAGUCCCACCCAUUUAUUGUUUGGCAAUUGAUUGGGCAUGGCUGAUAUCCGAGCCGUAUCCUACCAGGGCAACACUCAAUAUCAUGAGCAUUAAUGUUUGCAGCCAUGGCGGCGUCACAAAUUCCUUUGGCUAAUCAUAAAGUCUUUAAAAAUAGUGUGGUGUAAUACUGUAAUUGUCUCUAAAAAUUCCCACAAGUUGAAUAUCUGCUAUUUGUUUUUAAAUUAAUCCCUUAUGUCUGUCUUGUCGCACCAAAAUCUACUCUUAGAUUGGUUUGAUGUCGUGGAUAAUGAGGCUUUAUUUUGGACUCAGAGAGGUAAAUGAGUUUUAUGGGUGGUUGCUCCCUCUCUUUGUUGUUUUUAAGCCAAUGAUUAUCCCCAAAAACUAUGAUCAAUGGGAAGCCCAACAACCCUUGCAGAUGAUGAGAUGAUGAUGAGAUGAACUAUAGAAGUGAUUGAGGAAGCGGUCCAGCCCAGCUGGUCGCCGAGUCGCCGACUCACUCUCCCUUAUGGGAGGUCCCGGGUUCAAUUUUCAAUGGAGUGAAAUUGAUCACAAUUUACCCCAGGCCCCCCAAACCCCCUCCCUCUGAUGCCCCCUGGGGUAAAAAAAAAGGAACUAUAGAAAUGAUUAGAGUUGGCUUCACUCCAAAUGUAGAAGUACAUUGUCUUUUGUGAUUGAAUAACUUAAACAAGAUUCGGAACUCAUUUGGUACGUUGGAAUUGGUUGGAUAGUUUAAAAUUUAUGAAAUUAUUUUGGUUGAAAAUUGAAAUGGCCUAAAUUCAGCCUCUAAAGUAGCUACCAAAUGGGCUCUUAAUUUUUGUUUUAGAGUAUUUGACAAGGUUUGAAGUUGAAGUAUCAAAGACUUAAGGGAAAAAAUCAUGGGAUGCUUCUUGGGUGUAGUAUUUGUUAAAUGAAUUAGAGUUAGGCUCACUAUUUUGUAGAGAAUGUAGUAGCACUUUCACCUUGAUAUGGAUUCAUCAAUUUUUUUGGAUAGCUCAUUAGUUCAUCGAGAUUUGGGUUUCUGUUUGGGUUGUUGGCCUCCCUCUGCUGCAUUUCAUUGAUAUAUGUAGCCAACAAUACUCGUGUGUAUUACGAGGCUGUGAUGAUUCCUGGCUACUGAUAAUGGUGGAUUUGGGCAGCUCAAUCUGUAUCUUGGCAGGGCAAUCUGGGAUGGCCCGGUUUUUGCAGCCAUGGCAGUUUGGGCUUUUCACACUGGCUGCUGAAAACACAGGAUCUGAGCCGUUACAAAAGAGUUACCUCUCCCAAAUAGGCUCUUAAAGAAUUAUUACAAACAAGUCCAUGUUAGGGUAGAAGCUGUCUGUAGAAGCUUUGUUGUCAAGAUUGGUGGUGAUCUUGCAGUAUCAUCUUUCAUGUAUGUUCUUAUGCUCUUCUUAAAUGUCUUUAGUUCUGCUGGUAUAAGGGGCAGUGAUAUUUAGUCCUACCCAUUUAUUUUUGACAAUUGAUUGGGCAUGAAUGACAUUUGACCCGUAUCUUGGCUGGGCAACACUCAAUCUCAUGAGCAUUGGUGUUUGCAGCCAUGGCGGCGUCAGGAAUUCCCUCAGCUAAUACUACCUCUAUCCCCAUAACAUUAGUACAAGAGGAGAUAGUGUGGUUAUCACAAAUGUGAGUUUAUGUGGUGGAUAUUGAAUUGAUUGGUGAGAAUAAAGUAAGAAUGAUUUAAAUUUUAAAAUAAUACAUAUUACAAAAUUUGUUAUGUACAAUCCUAGUGGGAUGCACUACAAGGGAAAGAUGAGACAAUCUUAGUGGGACAAAUGGAGUAAUAAAUCAUCUUUAUGAACCUCAAUCCUGAAAACCAAAGUGUGUUGUGAUUGUCUCUUUACCAAAUUCCUACAAGUUUAAUACUUGCCAAUUGUUUAUUUAUUCAUUCAUUCACUUAAGAAUGUUUUUCCAUACCAAAAUCUACAAUCAGAUUGGCUUGAUCACUUUGAUGCCGUGGAUAAUGAGGCUUUAUUUGGACCCAGAGAGGUAAAUGAGUUUUAUGGGUGGUUGCUCCCUCUCUUUGUUGUUUUUUAGCCAAUGAUUAUCCCCGAAAAUUGUGAGCAAUAAGAAGCUCAACAACCCUUGAGGAUGAUGAGAUGAUGAUGAUGAAUUAUAGAAAGGAUUAGAGUUUGCCUUGCCCCAAAUGUAGAACACAUUUUUUUAAUAUUUGGAACAAGUCUGGGUGCUCGUUUUCUACUCAUGAAAAUUGGUUAAAAAGAUUUUUAUAUGGUAAUGCUUUCUAAAAAAUGUAUACUAUUAUAAUUAUAAUAUUCUAAUACAAGCAUAAAUUUUUAUUGUUUUAUGUUCUAUUAUUGUUUUUUAUCGAACAACUAUUCAAGGCUAAAGGCAGAGAUUUAGAAAAGGCAGGAGUACCUAAUUUAUUUUUAAAGUCAUGAGUGCUAUAUAAUUCAAUCAAAUUAAGUUUUAAAAAAUUGUGCUCCCUGUUCAAUGUAUUUUCAUGUUCUCCUUUAUACUCCCUCCGUCCCGUUGGGAUGUUCCUGGUUUGACCUAUACACAUAUUAAGGAAAUAAAUUUAUCAGGGGUAAAGUUUACUGUUUUGACACUUUUGACACUGUUUCGACACUGUUUGACACUGUUUGGCACUGUUUUGAUGUAGGAUAACUUUCCAUUUAGGGAAAGGGGAAGUUCUUUAUGGGACUGCUAAAAAGAGAAAGCGGGAACAUCCCUUUUGUGUUUUGCCCCCCUAAUCUGCUACUUUUUAAUAAUAUAUGUAACCAACAACCCUUGUGUGUAUGAGGAGGCUGUGAUGAUUUCUGGCUACUGAUGUUGGUGCAUUUGGACAGCUCAAUCUGUAUCUUGGCAGGGCAAUCCGGAAUGGCCUGGUUAUUGCAGCCAUGGCAGUUUGGGCUUUUCACACUGGCUGCUGAAAACACAGAAUCUGAGCCUUUACAAAAGAGUUACCACCCCCAAACAGGAUCUUAAAGAAUUGUCCUAAACAAUGGAUGAAAGGUCCAACGCUUCCAUAACUUUCCCCUCAUUCCACCACACCACACAAACUCCCAAACACACCCUUAGAAGCCCAGAGAUGGAGUGAUGCAGCCUGGGACCGGUUCGGUUUCUAGGCAAAAUUAGGCCUGGACUCGGGCCGGGCGGCCCGACCCGGAACCGGCCCGGCCCGGCCACUGUAGCAACCGGCCCGGCCCGGUGGCCCGGUCCACCGGCGGUUCGGGUCAAACCGGCCCGGUGGUUCCCGGUUUCGGGCCCGGGCCUUCCAUAUGGUGAACCGGCCCGGCCGGUUCGGGCCCGGUCCGGGCCGGAAAUAAUUUUUUUUUUUUUGAAAAUUUUUUAUGUUUUGGGUUAGAUUAGGUAUUUUGGUCCAUUUGAGGUGGUUUGGGGUGGUUUGGGGUUGAGAAAGAGGGGUAGGGGAUUAAAUAAAGAAGCCAAAAAAAAAAAAAAAUAGGGCGGGUGGCCCGGAACCGGCCCGGAACCGGCCACCUCCGGUUCGGGCUCGGGCCUCAAUAUUCUGAACCGAGGCCCGGUCGGGCCCAGGCCCGAGGCCCGAACCGGUCCGGUUCAGUCCAGCCCUAGGCAAAAUACGUGGAACCGUUUGAAAAUAUGAAAAUUUACUAACGGUUCGGUUCUUAUAAAUUAUUUUAUAGAACCGAUAAGGAACCGAACCGUUCUUAACGGUUCGGUUCUUGUCAUUUAACGGUUCCUAGUCUUUGAAAAAAAUCUUACAAAUCAUGACUAAAUUUUUGCUAAAAAGACAUUCAACGUUUGAAAUUACAAUACAAAUAUGUUGAACCAGUUAAAGAGAAUAAUAAUUUUAAAUAGUUUGGACCUUCCGAGUUCCGACCCGCUGGAGUUUGGACAUAAUGAGAGGCCUAAGAAGCCUAAGAGAACCGGUUGAAGUGAAUAAUAGUUUUAAAUAGUUAAAUAACUAAACUAAAAUAAUGAGUGUAAUAUAAAAAUAAAUAAGUAAAUAUACAUUAAAAUAUAUAUACUCAUAAGAAAUAUAUUUAAUUUUAAUAAUUAUAUAUAACGGUUCCUUAACGGUUCCUGGUACAUAUUUUUUUCAGGAACCGAGAACCGAACCGUUAAUAAAAAAUAGGAACCGAACCGUUAACAAAUAACUAAUAAAUGUUGGAACCGAACCGAACCGGGUCAUAACGGUUCGGUUCUCCGGUUCUUGGUUCCAAAGUCCCAGCCCUAGAAGCAGGAGAGGGAUGGGAGUUUCUUGAAAGGGCAGUUGCCUCCUCAUUUGCAGAUGAUUUCUCUAUUUUCUUUGCCUAACAGCCCUUUCAUCUUCUUGCUCGCAAGAAAGAAACUGCAAUAACCUAACCCCAGUUGUAACUGAAGGUUAUUGUUGCUGAUAUUAUUAUCAGUACUCUGUAUUAAUUAAUUACAGUAUCAUAUUUGACCUUUUCCUUUCGUCCUGCUUAUUGUUAGAACUGUGAAGAGGCUGUGCUGAUAUGGUUUUCUGUGUUUCCUCUUUCUGGGCCACUAAUUUUGAGGGAUUUGAAGGACAUGGCCCGUAUCUUGGCGGGGCAACCCGGAAAUGGAACCGGUUGUUGCAGCCAUGGCGGUUCUACUUCCCAUCUCCCUCUAGAAACACAGACCUGAGCCUAUAAAAAGGAAUUUCUUUAAAAUUUCUUUAAAAAGCAAAGUUCUAUAAAAAUUCAGGAGUUAUCUCUUUCAGCAUUAUAUGAUUUUGUCCAAUUUCGAUAGAUUUGAGUAUUACAGUAUAUGAUAAGACUCCGCACCGAGGAUUGAACCUGUAACCUCUCAGUUACAUUUUUUACACACCGGAAAGGAUCCUCUCAGUUACAAUGCAACAACUAAUAUAAGUAAAUCCAGAGUAUGUUUUAUUUUCCUUAACAAUUUCUUCACAAAUUUCCGCGUUUAUUUCCCUACCUAUUUUCUUGUCCAAGCAUUUUUGGCAUUCCAAGCUGACCCUUGAAGUUUAUGUUGUGCUAGAAGUUGUCCAUGUUAUACUGUGCCACAUUGAUCCACGUAACUGCCACACGGGACUGCUUAGUGCACCACACAAGUUGUAGUAUAUUUUUAUACUCAGAGAAAAAAUCUAACCAUUUAUGAAAUACUUCUCUCAUUUCUCUGAUGUCAUUUGCAGAUGGCAUAUCCGGAUUCAUGUUAGUCAACUCCAAACUCUUCUUGGACUAUGGCUUGGAUGUUAUGUUGUUGUAUCCCUUAAAGGAUAAGGGGAGUUCAUUUUAUUGAGCUUGAGAUUAUCCUCUUCAUAUAUUUAUAAGCACUGAAUUCACAGUUUGUGCUCCGGUAAAGCCAUGUGAACAUGUAAUCAAGUGUAUGUUUCCUAUAAAUUCUAUUAUGCUCAUAUGAGAUGCCUUUGGUGCUGGCAUAAGGGGAACUGAUGAUACUUGGCACUACCCAUUUAUUUUGGGACAAUUGAUUGGGCAUGGAUAAUAUACGAUCCGUAUCUUGGUGGGGCAACAUUCAAUGUCAUGAGCAUUUGAUAUUUUGAUGUUUGCAGCCAUGGCGGCAUAUUAAUUUUCUUUUGGCAAACCACCUUUCUGAGCCUCUAUUCUGUAAACCAAACGUGGAUUGGUUCUGUCUUUGAAAACUCCCAGAAGUUAAUUACUUGCAGUUAUUCAUCCAUCCAUUCCUUCAUUCUUUCAAACUACCCUUUCUUAAUCUCUUACCAAAAGAAUCUACACUUGGCUUGGCUAGUUGGCUUGAUGGUGUGGCCGUGUGGAUAAUGAAGCUUAAUGUGAACUCUUGAGGAGGGCAAUCCGGAAUUGCUCAGUUAUUGCAACCAUUGUGGCUUGGGCUUCAUAUUGCCUGCUGGAGACAGAUCUGAGCCUUUAUAUAUGAGUUACCUCUACCAAACAGAUUCAUAGACAUAAAGACCUUCACAAACAUGGUGGACAUAAGGUGGGUAUAAGGGUGAGUGCAAAAUAAAAAAUCCAGUAUGUUACAAAGUCGAUUGGAGAUCUUUAAUGCUUCAAUGAUCCAUGUAGUUUCAUGCACUAAAAUUUGUCGAUUUCAAAUGAGUUCUGUAAACCUAAGAUUUUGUCAGGUUUUUAAGUGUUCAGAUUGGUUUAAAUGAGGUGGAAACACAAUUAAGUUCAAUCUUCAGAUCAUAAUUCCG